AUGGAUUCAAUGAACAGUAAAGUACGACCGUUCGUGUUCUUUUGCGCCAUCAUCGCAAGUUUGGGUACACUGAAUUCCGGUUUCAACACCUCGGCUUUGAACAUUCCCGGAGAUAAUGUUCGUUAUUGUCCCAACGUCGCUCACGGCGUUCAGACUUAUUAUCCCAACUCGCCUUUGCCCCAAUGUCUCCCCAUGAGCGAUUGGAUUUGGGGUGUUGCCACGGGUAUGUUCGCAGUGGGCGGUUUGAUCGGCGCCAUGUUAGCUGGUCCCAUGUCGGACAAGUGGGGUCGUCGUGAUGCUAUGAUUAUGAUCAAUGUUUCCUUCUUCAUCGGUGCUAUUUUGCUGUCUACUUCGGUCCACUCGGCCAUGUUCGCUAUCGGCCGUAUUUUUGUUGGUAUUGGUGGUGGUUUCAUGACUGUCGUUAUUUCGAUGUACAUCGCUGAAACUGCACCUCCCAGAUCGCGUGGUUUGCUUGGUUCGUUCUUGCAGUUGUUCAUGACCAUCGGUAUCCUUGUUAUCGAAGCCAUCUCUCUUGGUCUCCGAUCCGCGGUUGGCUGGCGUGUCUUGACCGUCAUUACGGUCGUUCCCGCCAUUGCUCAGAUGAUCUGUUUACCCUUCUGUCCCCGUUCUCCCCGUUGGUUGAUUUCCCAGAACCGUAUCGAUGAAGCUCGUCUUGAACUUUUGAGACUCCGUAACGGUGACAUCCAGGAAGAAUUCGCUGAUAUGGUUUUGGCUCUUUCUAAGGGUGGAGGUGCUGACCGCAAGAAGCCCGCUGACGAAGCCCACCAAGAUCGUGAUUCCGCUGCUGGUUUCGAAACCAAGGAAGCUGAUGAACCCGCUGGUGCCGAGCCUUUUGAUGCCGAAGUUAACCUCAACUUCUUCCAAGUCAUGACUAUUCCCGUGUUGGCCCGUCUUACUCUCAAAUUGUUCGUCGUCCAUUGCGCUUCUCAAUUGACCGGUAUCAAUGCCAUUAUGUACUACUCCACCUCCAUUUUCCAGGACUCCUUUGGCGACAACGCUCCCUAUGUCACUGUCGGUGUUGCUGCUUUGAACGUGCUGUUGACCUUUGUUGCGUUGGGUUUGGUCGAUCGUCUUGGUCGUAAGGUGCUUUUGCUUAUUUCCGCCAUUGGUAUGACCGUCUUCUCCGUGUUGAUGACCAUCGGUCUUCGUUUCAACGUCUCUCCCUUGCAAGUCGUCUGUAUCAUGUUGUUCGUCGCCUCCUUCGCUGUUGGUUUGGGUAUCAUUCCUUUCAUUCUUACCGCUGAAGUGUUCCCUACCUAUGCUGUCGGUGCUGCUUCGUCCGCUUGUCUCGUCGUCAACUGGCUUUGCAAUUUCAUCAUCGGUCUCAUCUUCCCUACCUUGCAGAGAGCUUGCGGUCCCUACGUGUUUAUCAUCUUUGCCGGUAUUGCUUUCUUGACUGCUAUUUUCCUUCUUCUCUUCAUCCCCGAAACCAAGCGCAAGUCCAUCGAAGAAGUUGGUCGUGAAGUCGGCUGGUACGGCAUCUCCUUGGACACCAUUAAGCAAAAGGCUGAGAAGAAGACCAUCAUCUAG